UAUUUAAAACAUUGUAAAAGUUAUCUUUAACUUCUUCCACCACGUCAAACACUUCCAGUUGUUCGGAAUCGAAUCCAAUUACCGAAUUAACGCAAAAUAAUACAAAAAUGACAUGGUUUGAAAGCAUUUUACCACGUCAAUAAAUAAUUUUGAGGUUAUAUCAAACGUUUUGGUUCAUUUGAACUAUGGUUUUAUUUGAUUUCCUCGAUAUGGUACAGUAAUUUAUAUACAAGUACAUUUAUUUUCACUUGAACUAAUAUUUCAGAACUUUUCAUUUUGUUUUUAUUUGAUUUCUCCGAUAAGGUUUAGUUAAUGAACAAAAAAGCAGUAAAAGUUAUAAACAUUGACAGUGGUUCAAAUGUACCAUUAAUGCACAGUGGGUAAAAACAUGAGUAAAGUGAAGAAAUGCGUGGGGAAAGAGGGUUUUCAACGCGUAAAUUACUUGUAUCAGGUAUCAAACGAGUUGGCAACAGAAAGUAUACCAUGUAAUGUGGCUUCGACAUUGUAUAGUAACUUAUUGGUAAACAUUUCAAAGAAAACUGUACAAAGAAUUGAUAUUCCAAUAAAAAGAACCAUUUGUAAAGGAUGUAGAAGUUUAUUAUUAGCUGGAGUAACAUGUACUGUGAGAAUUAAAAAGAAACGCGCUAUUUGGAAAUGUGUUAAAUGUAAUGUGGAAAAAAGAUUUGACGCUAGAAGGGAACAUGUGCCAUGGACACAAAAUAAAGACAGUGUAGUGGAAAUAUUGGAUUACAAUCCAAAUACACAAUCUCAAUUAACAGAAAAUGUAUCUAAAAUCAAUAUAGAAGAUAGAAAUAAUAAAGAUGUUAGCUAAAAAUAUGUUUUAUUAAAUUUAGUUUAAAAAUAAAUGAAAAAAAAAUAAUACAUGAAUGGUUAUAUUUCACCUAAACUUAUACAUAUGUAACUAUAUUAUUACAAUGGAGCCAAUCUGAAAAAAAUUAAACAUAAUAAACAACAUGGCAAAAGUAAUUCUUGAUUAUUUUUGUGAUGUUGCCAAGUACAACCAAAAUUCACUUACUUAGAUUUUUUUUUAAAUAAACACUUGUUCAUUUGCUAAACUGUCAGCAAAUGGGCUAACAAUUUCUUUGGUAGCAAAAUAAAAUAUUAAACCAAAUGUUAUUGAAAUUGGUAAUGCUGGAAGGGCUUUUUUGAAUAUAGCCAACAAAAGUAAAGUCAAGCAUAAACC